CUCGUUUGUUCCCCAGUUCUCGUUAUAUCCGCUCUUCUCCAACGGUUCCCCAUUCAAUUCUCAUCUCUUCUCCACCCACCACAAAAAAUGACGGCCCCAACAUUGGAAUAUGGAGAGAAGAAGGUAUUUGGGGAACCUUCCCAAGAGGGCGAACAUGCAGUCUACGAGCAAGAGCCAGAUCAAAAUACAUCUCCAGCACCCACUGAUGAGGAGCAUUUGGACGCCCGUUCUAUUGCUGAAUCACAAUUACCUCCAGCUCCAGAUGGUGGCCUCCAUGCCUGGUUGAAAGUGGUUGGGGGGUUUCUGAUCUACAUCAAUAUUUGGGGUUUUACAUUAUCUUUCGGGGCUUUCCAAGCUUACUACUCGGGCAACAUUCUCUCCAACAUGACAGCUUCUUCAAUUUCCUGGAUAGGUACGAUCCAAGCCUGGCUGUUGAUUGUCGUAGGCGUACUCUCUGGCCCCCUAUUCGAUCGUGGAUACUUCAGAUCUAUGCUUUGUAUAGGCAACUUCCUAGUUGUCUUCGGCAUCAUGAUGCUCAGCCUGAGCACAAAAUAUUGGCAAAUCUUCUUAAGCCAGGGUAUAUGCAUGGGAAUCGGCGCCGGAUUGCUCUACAUUCCAUCUCUCGCACUCGUAGGGAUCUGGUUUGAUAAGAAACGCUCAAUUGCCAUGGGACUAGUAAUGUCUGGCAUAGCCAUUGGCGGAAUAAUGUACAUUUUAAUGUUGAACAGACUAGUCCCCAUGCUCGGAUUCCCCUGGGCAAUCCGUUGCAUAGGUUUUAUCGCCCUCGGCGCCGCCUUGCUCUCCUUUCCUGCUCUCCUCUCCGGCUCAAAGGUCCUCACUCGCCCCCGAAAAGCCCGCAAACUCUUCGAUAAAACCGCUCUUAAAGAUCCUCUUACCCUCCUCUUCACACUAUCCUCCUUCCUCAACUUUAUCGGCUACAACAUCCCCUACUUCUACAUUCCAACGUAUGCGAGGGAAGCUCUCGGAACGAGCCAAAGCCUGGCACUGUAUACGCUUGUUAUGGCUGUUGCGGCCAGCUUUUUUGGACGGAUCACGUGUGGAUUCGUUGCACAGUAUAUCGGGAAUAUCGUUGGGUGGUGUCUUUGUUCUGUUAUCAGUGCGGUGCUUGCUUUUAGUUGGAUUAGCAUUACGACUGUACCGACCUUCAUUGCAUUUGCUAUUCUUUGGGGUUUCCUUUCUGCGUCGUUGGUGACUUUACCCGCGUCUGCUUUCGCGACUAUUUGCCCCGAUCUCUCGCGCCUGGGAACACGUAUGGGAAUGAGCUGGAGUGUUUCAUCUAUUGCUACGCUCAUAGGUCCUCCAAUUGCUGGUCAAUUGAUUCGCACAAAAGAGGAUGGGAAAGUCGACUUUCUGGGCUUGCAGUUGUGGAGUGGAAUUUUUUUGUUGGUGACGAGCUGUACAUUGUCGAUUUUGUGGUAUGUCAGUAUGAAAAAGUUAGGGAAGGGCUGGCGCAUUUAA